AUGACGUCGUCUGACGCCAACGCGAACGCUGCUGCUGUUGGCAACGAUGGAGACGACGACGUGGAGAUGACGGAGACGACAGCAAGAGAGGAAAUACAAGAAGAAGAAGAAGAAGAAGACGAAACAAAGAAGACAAAGAAGAAGACAAAGAAGAAGAAAGAAAUAGAACUCGUGCAAAGACCACGCACGCACGAGUUGGAAGAGACGCUCAUAUGUAACGGCCGAUAUCAAACGGAGCGAGAAAUCAACCGCGGCUCCUCCGCCGUGGUCAUUAAAGGAUACGACGUGACGAACAAGCUUCCGGUGGCGUUGAAAAUCAUGGACGUUUCGCAGACAAGCGAACUGUCUUUGCCGUUAAACUCGAUAACGAGAGAGGUGAAAUACGCUCACAAGUUAAACUCUCCUUCUUCUUCCUCCGAGUCCUCAAAUACUACGGAUAAUUUUGCGCGUUUGUUGAACGUGACGAACCACAUCUCGCCAGAGACUAAGCGCGAGUACGUCGUUUUGGUUUGGGAGUUAUUGGAAGGUUUAGAUUUGCUUGAUUACAUAAACUCUAAAGGCGGCAGAUUGACCAACGAAGAGUCGCGAGCGCUUUUCGCGCAGCUGUUAAACGCCGUGGAAACGAUUCACGAGCGAGGAUUCGCGCACAGAGAUUUGAAACCAGACAACUGUCUCGUCGUUGAUACAAAACAGAAAAAGACUUUAAAAGUGAUUGACUUUGGUUUAUCAAAAGGGUUAGAUUCCGCAAAAACGCUCGGCAUUGGUACUCCCGACUACAUGGCGCCGGAGUUGAUUGGCGCUCCUUCGCGGAUGAAGAGCGGAGGAGGCUAUGAUCCGAUUAAAAUCGACGUUUUUGCAAUGGGUGUAACUUUAUACCUGAUGUUACUCGGACGUUAUCCUUUCGAGGAUCCAACGAAUCAUUCAACGUUGUCAACCAUGAAAAAUAUCCGCGCUGGGAAUUUUGCGAGACCGCAGAAAGGCGUCAUCGACUCGGAUGCGUUGAACUUGAUUGAAAAUAUGUUGGCGCCCGACCCGGAGAAAAGAUUUAGUUUGAAAGAUAUCAGAAAUCACACCUGGGUUCAACGAGAGCGAGAACAAGAGAUUUUGCUUCAAGAAUACGACGAGUUUGAGAAACGGUUACAGGAUGUGCGAAGACAAAAAGAACGCGAAGAGGAGGCAAAGAGACAACGCGAACAGGAAAUUUCACUAAAAAGGUACAAAGAAUACGAGAAACGUUUGAUACAAGCGCAAAAAAUGAAAGAGGCGCGACGAGAACGCGACGAGAACGCUCCAAACACUUUACUUGGUCUACGACUACGUCUCGUUGAAUCGAAGAUAGACUGCAAGCAGGAAAUCCCAAAGGAGAAGAAGAAGAAACCGGCGGCUUUUGGGAUUGCCUCGCUCUUUGGUGGCGGGCGGAAGAAGUAA